AGGAGGGCCUCCUCUAGACCUGCAUCAUAUCCAAAACGGGAUCAGACCCAGGAACAGAACCCAAGAGUCACAUAUUACACUGCCAGGUCAGAGUUUGGGUGAUGUACAGCUCUUAGCCCGUGCAUUCCGCCGUUCGCUACUCAACUUGCCACUUCGGCUCACCCGAAGGGCUCACCAUCCUAAAAGUGGCAGCAAAAUUUCCCUUUAAAGAGGCCUUCCAAGAAAAAUCACCCCUUGUGGACUUCCGCGGGAGUUUUAGGAUCAGGGAAACUGGUGUUCUCCAAUCCUCCAGGGCUCCCGCACUGGCAUUUCUGCCCACCUUGUGUAUAACCACAGUAGAGUGUCUUUCAGAAAGAAAUGAAGAAUCGGGACCCCUGGCCUUUGUUCCCAUGCCCACCGCUGACUUUCUGAAUCACCUUUGCCCGCUCAUUUGUCAUCUGUUGGUCUCAGCUUUUUUCCCAUUUGGCUUUUUCUACUCCCCCUAUGAGGUCUGACUGUAAAUAGAAGUUGAGUUUAUGUGUCUAGCUACUCAGCAGGCUAAUGUGAACUGGAAAAAAAAAAAAAUUAUACAGAGACUUCACAGUCCUUCUAAGGACCUAGAAGUGUUCUGUUGAGUUCCUCUCAAAAAGUUGUGAUGUAGAAAGUAGGAGAUGUUUUGCCUGAGGGAAAAAAAGAGAGCCAUUUUCAAAUAUGUAAAAGUGUAAAAGACUGUCCUAUGGAAGAACUACUCUUGGGGUACCCAAGUCUUUGGAACAAGGGAUGGAAGUUAUAGGAAGAUGGAUUUUUGACUCAUUAUACAGAAUUUUCAGACAGUUGGAGCCCACCCAAGAGGGAAUGAGCCAGGAGGUAUUCAAGUCUGAGACAAAAGGUUACUUCCAGCCAUUAAGUGAAGAGCUUGUGAGAUCAGGAGGCAUUAGCAGGGAAAUGAAGUCAUAACCUGGUUCCAGCUUAGCUUUGAUUCACAGCUGAACUGGCUAUUUGGGUACCGGGGAGCCUGGUUUCCCGAACGUUUUCCUAGCCCCAAAUCCCGUUCUGCCAGGCCAGGCUUUUUCAUGUAUAUGGGAGCCUGUGAAUCUUCUACUUGCCAGAGAUGCCAGAUGGCUCUUCAUGCGAUACUCAGACCAUUUCCAUUUCCAAGCACUUUGUGAGCCUUAUUUGCCAGUCUCUAGGAAACAAAAACCCUUGUCCCCAUUUCACGGGAGGAAGCCUUGAGGCCCAAUGAGGUUGAAGUGUCUUGCCCACGCUCCUCCAUGUGAAUGGUUAAUAAAAACUGGGCUUUCUUCUUUAGACCCUUAUGUUCUUCAGCAGCCCCAAUGGGGAGGAGUGGACUUUGGUCCAGCGGGUGCCCCCACCCCCACCCUGGCACCUUGCUGGGGUUUGGACAUUAGACCACAUGUGUUUACGGCCUCCAUACUUAGCUGGAAGCAAAGCCGUCCUCCUUCAGGAUGCUCCCUUUCCCUCGGUGAUUCCUAACUUUUAGGGCUCUGGGACCCUUUUGAUAACUGAUAAAAAUUAGACACCCUUGCCCCAGAGAAGUGUCCAUACAAACAGAAAUUUUGUACAUGCACAUCGGGAGCAAUUUCAGGGGGUUUACGGACUCUCUGCAGUGCAUCUGUGGCCGUUGGGGUGGGAACCCUUACUCUACCUUGUCAUGAGCAUGAGUCAUAAGGACUCAGUUCUCACUUGCAAGAACUUUGGUGAAUGAGUUUGGGUGAUUCCUCUGGAUAAAAAGGAAUCGAUCGCUCUCAUUUGGAUGGAUCCUCAGGCAGUCUUCAUUCAGGCCUACAGACUCUGAAUAAGAAAUCGUCAUCUCCUACACCUUGGCUAAGGGUCAGAGCCCCUGACUUCCUUACAUGACCUGAGGCAAAUUAUUCCUACCACCUAGUAGAAACAAAUGGCAUGGUAGAGAGACAAGGCUGUCACCCUCAGAUUCAAGGUUAAGCAAGUCCCAUCUCCUGCACCUGAGGGGGGUGGUUGUAAGCAGAAUUGUCCUACGUGUGAACAUGGAAAUGACCUUGGAGCAAGUUUGGUCUGGGCUUCAGGCCUGGGCUAGUUUAGAGCAAUCUAGACAUCUUGGAGACAAUUUAGAGGGGGGAGAAAUGACGAUCAUUUGAAUUCGAGAGGGGGUUAUGGGAUAUGGAGUUAUAGUCAACUCCUAAUUAUUCAGCAAACAUCUGCUAAUGUUGUCAAUGGAGGCAUGGUUCCCCUCCCCAAGAAGCUCUCAGUCCAUUGGGGAGACACAUAAGUCAACAGGGAGUACAGAGUGUGGAUUAUCCAUCCUAACAAAUGGAGUGUCGUACAAAUAGACCACAACCACCGGAUAAUCCAGAAAUUACUUGGUGGGCAUUGCACGUUGGGGUGGCCACUUUACCGUCCCUCAAAAUAUUUGCUGCCAGUUUGAAGAUAUGUCUCCUUCCCUUGAGAUCCCCCCUCACUGCUUAUCAUGAGCUGCUUGAAGUUCUUUUGUUGGGAGGUGAUUCUUCUGCUGCACUGGAGACUAAGUACAAUAAAGGGGCUCCUGUUCCAACAGAGAGAUGUAGGUUAGACUUUAGGAGGAAUUUUUUCCCCUGUCUGGGCUGCGAGACUUUGAGUUUGCCUGAAGAAGACAGGCCUCGUGUUCAUGGGAGAGCCCCAGGAAUCGGGUGAACACCUGAGUUGUUUAUGGCCAUCCCCCCUGAAACCAAGGGACACUCAGGAGAUGGCCCCAUGCCCCCCUCGCAGAGGGGUGCCCGUGAAGCUCGGGCCUGGCCUCUGCCUCACUCUUGCAGCCUUGUGGCCGUGGCCACCAGAGGUGGCGCAUCUGGAUUCUGUCAGUUGUUACCCCUUUUCCAAUUCUGACUCUUCCUCCCAGUCAGGACAGUUCAACGAGGACAUGAUCCCCACCGUGGGUUUCAACAUGCGCAAAAUCACCAAAGGGAACGUGACCAUCAAGCUCUGGGACAUUGGGGGACAGCCCCGAUUCCGCAGCAUGUGGGAGCGCUACUGCCGAGGAGUGAGUGCCAUUGUGUACAUGGUGGACGCCGCUGACCAGGAGAAGAUUGAGGCCUCCAAGAAUGAGUUGCACAACCUACUGGACAAACCCCAGCUGCAGGGCAUUCCGGUCUUAGUCCUGGGUAACAAGCGAGACCUUCCAGGAGCACUGGAUGAGAAGGAGCUGAUUGAGAAAAUGUUCUACUCUGGUUUCCCCCCAGGAAUCUUUCUGCCAUCCAGGACCGAGAGAUCUGCUGCUACUCCAUUUCCUGCAAAGAAAAGGACAACAUUGAUAUCACCCUACAGUGGCUUAUUCAACACUCAAAGUCACGGAGAAGCUGAGACUGCGGUCCUUCCCCCUCGGACCAGGGACCUGCUGUCAUCCAAACCCGAAGCCGAGCUCCCCGCCCACCCUGCCGUCCCCCCUAAGCCCGUCCCUCCUCACUCAGCGUGGGGAGGGACCCUCUGGGGAUCCCAGAGUCCUGUUCUGCUGAGGUUUGAACUCCUGAUUUUAUUGUAAAAUAAACCGCUCCCAUUCUGGCCCCCUAACCUCUCGCCCUUCCCCUUCCCUCUGCCCUCUGCCGGCCCUGCUUCCGGCCCCUUAACAGCCCUGGCCCCAUAGCCCCUGCCCUCCUGUCUCCCGUGCCCCACUCCUACACUGCCCUUUUCAACACUCUUCUGUUGUUGUCCUGUGUGUACAGUAUAUAUAUGUAUAUAUAUUUUAAUUUUUUAAUUUAAGCAAAGACUAAAAUCAACCAUUUGAUGCUGCAGGGGCCCGUCAGGACCCGGGAGGGGGGCGGUCUGGAAAGAAGGAAGGAGAUGCGGGGUGGGCUUGGGGCAGGUUCAGAUUAGGAAAGUGAAGGCUGGCACCUGGGGGGCAGGUACCAGCCAGGGCACUGGCGGCCAUCCCCAUGUCGCGUUCAUUUCCACUUCCCGAUCUGGCUUGUCCCCGUAGUGCUUGAACGUCACAGGCUGACUGCCACCUCCGGAGGUGCCCCUGUCUGCCCCCCUAGCCUCAGUAGGGCCACCAGGCACAACCAGGUGCCAGAGAGCACCAGGCGGGAAGGGCAGGAGGCCAGCGCCCGGGGCGCCCCAGCAGCCCCUCCUGCCCGUUCCUGGCUCCCAGCUCCUGCCCCUUCCUGGGGCCCCCAACUCCAUGGGCCACCUCAUUUUCUGUUCUCAUUUUGCAGAGUUGCACAAGGAGAGAACUCAGCAUGGGGGGUUGGUUCUUUGGGUUUUGUUUUCUGUUGGUUUAUGUGUUUAAUUUAAUGAUUUGUAAAGUGAUGUUCCUCUUCCUUUUUUACACUUUUCAGCUCAUAUUUAACCUCUGUUUGGAAAAUGAUUCUUGUAACUGUACAUUUUUUUGCCUCCUAACAACACGAAUAAAUGACCAGUUUUGUGUCGG